ACAAAGCUCUCACUCCUGAGAUGAAGGUGUUAAUAACAUUAAGAUACUUAGCAACUGGAAAAAUGCAACCGUGCAAUGGUGAUGAUCUAGGAGUGUCAUAACAAACUGUGAGCAGGGUCAUCACUGAAACACUGGAUGCCUUGUGUGCACCUCACAUUUUGAACACAUAUACAGUUUCCUGCGAAUCACCAUCAACAGCAAUCAAAGGCAGAAUUUAGGGCAAUUGCUGGGUUUCCGAACGUUAUUGGUGCAAUUGACGGAACUCACAUAAGAAUUGUCAGACCAAGUCAGUUUGAGGCAAAGUACGUCAACCGCAAGAGAUACCAUAGCAUCAAUGUACAGGUGGUCUUUGAUGCCAAAUAUAGGAUAAUUGACUUGGAAGCUAAAUGGCCAGGCUCAGUUCAUCCUGAAUGAAAGUGGGUUAAAGACCAUGUUUGAGACGGGUGUUGUACCAGCUGGUUGCCAUUUGCUUGGAGACAGUGGGUAUGGGAGCAAGACUUGGGUGCUGACCCCAUAUCUUCGACCCCAGCCUGGAUACCAAUUACACUACAAUAGAGCUCAUAAGAGGACAAGAAGUGUUGUGGAGAGAGGUAUUGGCCAGUGGAAGCGGAGAUUCCAUGUACUCCACAGCGAAAUUCAUGUCACUCCCCCAGCAAAAGUUUGCAAGAUUAUUUUUGUCUGUGGUGUACUGCACAACAUAUGCAAACAAAGAAAUAUUCAACUCCUUUUGGAAGAUAGCCAACCACCAGCAGAGGCAGAGAACAACAUAUGGAGUGAUGACGAAGAGGAUGGUGAUGGAGCCGAGCAACCUCCUGCAGGUCAUCAUGCCCAUAAUGGACUGCUCUACAGAGAUGAGUUUGCAAGACUCCAUUUUAACACUUAAGACUAAGGACCCCUGCAGCAUCACACUGGAGCAACAAUGAAGGGCAUUUAUUCGGAUGAGGUAAAUCAUUUUAGAUUGCUGGACAGGGGAGACAGGCACUGUGGAGGUGGAGGCUGGUCCAGCUUGCAGACUUGAAGCUGUGGUAGCCUGCAUCACACGAGUCAGGUCAGCUGCAGCUUGCAGGCUAGUGGCAGUAUCAGUGGCAGCCUCAGUGAGAGAGGAGUCAGUGGCAGUCACUACCGCUGCCCCGGCUUCAUCAUCCCAGCCACUGGCUUCACCCUCAACUACAGGCAGUUCCACACUAAAAUAAGAUAUAAAAAAAAAAUG